AUGGGAGCGGAAGAACACCACCCGAUCACCCCCCACACCGAACGUCCCCUACCUCCCCGACCUCUCUCGGGUAACCUUCCCAACGGAUCACCUGACACCUUGUGCUUGGAACCCAUCUCCAAUAUCGUGGACAAUGAGCCUUAUCCCUUCAGUUUCACUAGCACACCUCCCCCCAAAUCCCGUCAAGUCUUCACGGGUUACCACGCGGAUUCUAGGGAUAAAGUGAACAUCUUCCCCUCCCAUGACUCACCCAUUGCCUUUUCUUCCAACCGGCCUGUAGCUGUGACCUGCGCACCUUGUGUUUCUUCUGCCUGUCCCCAAUUUCAUCCCCCUCUCGUCUCUAUUGCGCAACGCGUCCCUAGUAGCCUGCUCUCCAGUCACAGUUCCCGUUCUCACUCCUUACCCCGUGCUAAUGGCAACGGUGGUACGCCUAAAAACUCCAUUCCCUACUCCCCAGCCAUGACCACUCGUAAUUUAGAAUCAGAGUCGCACUUCAAGCGCAGCGUUGAAUUCCGUAAUUCUCCGCGUACGCCGCGGGACGAUGUAACCGAACGGUUUCACCGAGCAAGCAUCGGCGCAUCGAUUGAUACGCGCAGCGCGGCGCGACAUCCGUUUGCUGAUCCGCAAUCUAAUCCUUCCGAGUUGUCGAAUCGUCUGGUUGCAAUUUUUGACUACAAUGCGAGGACAGAUGAAGAGAUCUCGUUGAGGAAGGGAGACUCUAUGCUAACUCUUAAUGACAGUGACGCCGAGUGGUGGUUCGUGGAACACUGCAGAACCUCCGAGAAGGGUUACGUUCCAUCCUCCUACAUUGCUGUGGCGGGUUCUCUUGAGGCCGAAGAGUGGUACAUACCGAAGAUCUCGCGGAAGGACUCUGAACGUCUUCUUUUGUUGAACAGCAACACUCCUGGCACCUUCAUGAUUCGUGACAGUGAAACAGCUCAGGAUUGGAAGAAGAUGCGUCCGUUCCGAUAUCGACAAACUGUGAAGAGCAAGUUUGAUCAUGAAGCCGCUGAGUGUUGGAAGGGUGGAGCAGUGGUAGAGUUCUGCCACUGCCGCCGCCGCCGCUACUCUCCCUCUAGACUGAGCAGUUCUCGCCUCAGUCGUCUCAAAAUGAAUUCUUUUUUUGUCUUUUCAAUCACCACUUUAGGCACUCUGACCUUGUCCGUCCGUGAUCGUGAGGUGGACGCCACUACCUCGCAUGCCACCGACACGGUGAAGCACUACCGCGUAAAGCAGUUCGGUGGCGGCGGCGGUGGUUUCUACAUCUCCACAAAACGUGGUUUUCCCAGCCUGCGUGACCUCGUAGAGCACUAUUCAGCAGAGGCAGAUGGUCUUUGUCGACGCCUAACUCGUGCCUGCCCUCGACCUCCUCCCCUGACCACUGACCUCUCGGUGCAGACGAAGGACCACUGGGAGAUUCCUCGAACCUCAAUCACUCUGUUACAACGUCUUGGUGCGGGACAGUUUGGAGAGGUUUGGAAAGGUGGUUGGGUGGAGUGCAAUUUGCCACCAGUGAUGGUAGUGGUGGUGAUGGUUAUGGUCCACUCCGAGCGAGGACUCAGUGACUCCGUGAUCGUAAAAGCAGUUGAGUUGUAG